AUGCUGCCACCUGAUGGCAGAAAGCAUUUGGAGAAAGAUGACUGGAAGCCUAGCAUUGCUUUUGUUGUGGGGAACAAAAUUGAGGACCAGCUUCACACCAAGGCCCUGUCUCUCGCUGUGCAGGUGCCACAGCGGAAGCUCUUCAGUGUGAUAACUUAUGAAGAUACUUACAAACAGAUCAGAGAGUCCGGGAAUCAAAAAGGAAAAAAGGUUAAGGAUGUGCCCAUGUACUAUGAGGUGGUAGAAGUAGCCAAGGCCGUUCUAGAUAGUGGUGAAGAAAUUCCAGUAACACUAAUUGGAAAGCUGUUGAAAUUUCAACUGCUUUGUCUCAAACAGAAGGACCUUCAGAGAAGAGAAGCUGAACGCAAGGCAGAAGAGCAACGAAAGGAAAAAAUCAAAUAUGGCAGGAAGGAGAGCCUUGCAAUUGAGAAAGAAAAGACAAGAAGAAAGUCAGAUGUUAGCCCUGUACCAUCACUCCCUGUUAAAAAGGACACCAAACUGAAGCGAAAGGGAGAAGUGGAAGAGGAACACAAAUACAUUGAUGAUGAACCAGAUGAUGGUGCCAAUCAUUACUUUAUAAUUUUGGAUUUCCACAAUCCUCAGCUGUUGCCUGUGAUGUCUGAUCUUGGGAUUAACAUUUCAAGUGUAAUUAGAAUUUCUUCUGAGAAUUAUAGGCCAUUGCAGACAUACUUGGAAGCAACUAAAGGAAAAGAUAUGUGCUUUGUGUAAGAUGGAGACGUACCAUGGUUUAUCUAAUACUUACACACUUUUGUUGUAGAAGCAGAUAAAAGAAAGGAGGAUGAGGCUAUCAGCAACCUGGAAGCAUUUUGGAAAUACCUGUACCCAGUUCUGAACAGUGGAAAGCAUGGAUCAGAUCUCUUUGAUGUUGCUGUACUUCACUACAUAGUUAAGGAGAGUGUCUUUCCCACUGUUUGGACUGACAAAGAAAUGCUGCUCACACUUGGCACUGACCUGUUUGAAAACAUUGCUCGUUUAAUGUAUGACUGCCUGGACUGGAGAAGACAGCAUUGUAACUACUUGGAAAACACCAAGUUUAUUAACGUGACUGCAUUAUCAGAGAGCAAGUUGAUACAACCACCUGGAAAUGAGGCAAGGUUACCUUCAUUAGAGAUUACACCUUCAAAGACAGAAGGGCAAGCAGAAGUUCUGCUAACGACAAUUUUAUCACAAGAGGAAGAAGCUUCUUUUUUGGCUGAUUCUGUGGACAUGAGAUAUUACAAUGACUUGCUGAGUCAGAUUCCUGAGGAGUGCUUUUCUGUACCCUUAAUGCUGAACUGCAUGUUGGAACAGGUUAUUGCAAGUGAAGAAGACCUUACACCCCCUAGUCUGAUGGUGCCAGAGCCCCGGGCAGACGGGCUACAUCAUGCUAUUGCAGAUCAUAUAGCCUCUGUCCUUCCUUCUCUUUCACUCUCUGAGAGUGAAAAAGAGGAUCUCUAUGACUACUUUUCUCCUAAAUACAGUGAAAAAAAGACUGUCACCCCCAAGUACCCUCUCUUAUUUAACUACCAUGAUACCCUGGCCCAGCGGUUGCACCUGCUGGAGGACCAGAAGAGCUUAGAUCCAGAAAAGAUUGAAUAUGAAAUGAUGGAUAAACUGCCUCUUACAGAACUUAUCCAUUUCACCCUUCCUUCAACAGAAAACAUCACUAAACACUUGGCCAGAGUUCAUGAGCUCAUGCAUUAUUGUACCAGGGGACUUCUGAGUUGGACUGAAGUAGAAAGAGCCUUCAGAGUGUUUACUUUUGAAAGCCUGAGGCUGACUGGGCUGAGUGACUCUGGUCUCCUGGAGAGCUCUGGAACUAUGGUUGGAGGUGAUGCUGAAUUGUGUUGUAUCCCUUGGGAUAAUCCAACCAUGUUUGCAGGACAGCUGAGACAACGCUUCCUUACGGAAAAGAAGCUUAGUGAGCAAUCUCCAAAAGAUUCUGGAAGAAAUGAUAAAGAAGGAAGAGAUGGUCGGGCUGGUCCGGUUUUGAAGAAGGGGCUGAAUCUUUAUUCUUCUGAUAUGGCGAAUCUAGAAAAUUCUGGCCUAGCAGCAAGCUUAGAAGAUAUCAAAAAGACACAGAGGCGUUGUCUGACAGACUGGACUUUGGCUGAGCAUUUUCAACCCCAUGUUCUUCUUCAGGUUCUUCAUGCUGCAUCUCAGGAAUACAGAUGUAUUGAUACCUUUCAUUAUACCCAAGAGAACUCUUUGCUAAUGGUUCUCCACAAUCCUAUGAAUCAGCAUCGUUUGUGCCAAGAAACUUGGAAUACUUCAUUGCUCUCUAAUGUUGGUUUCAGGAAUUAUCUGGAGCUGGUGGCCAAAUCCAUUGAAGACUGGGUGAAAGAGGAAGAAGACAAAUACCAAGAGAAGAUAGCUAAGGAAUUAGAGGCUCUUCAAAAGAAAAAAGCCAUGGCAGAAGGACCUUUUGAAUUGUCUGCAAGUGCUCUUGAAACAGCUGGCUUCCCUAAGAGAUCCAGAAGCAGCCUGACACCUGAGAGCUUAAUGGAGACCAUUGCAGAAUAUCAAUUCAAAAAAAGGGAUUCUUUUAUCAGAGAAGGUUCUCUAAAGUUUUUUGGCUACAAUACAGGGGAAGAUCUCAUUCAAGUGUCAGGAACCAAUCAAUAUCUCUUCCCAUGUGAUGGAGGACAGAUUCAAGUAGAGAAGAUAGAGUUUUUAAAAGGUCCGACUUUGAUAAAGGUGAAAGUGAUAAUAGACAAGCAUAAUUUCUUCAUUCAUAUCACAGACCCUAAGAAAAACUUAAAAGAAAUGGAAGUGCAAGAUACUCAAGAAAUUAAAUCAGGAAAUCUGAAAAAUCAAAAGACAUCUUGGAGCAAGUUUGGAUCUUUUUCAGCCACCUUGGAAAAUGGAAUCCAGCUGUCCGUGAGCUAUUAUGGACCUACAGGGAAGACAGCAGAUGAUGAAACAGAUCUUCUCUUGGCAAGAAUUCUGAGCAUCCCUUCUGUUCAUAGUCCAACCAUAGUUUCUCCUGUUACAUCAGCUUCAGGAAAAAAAGAUAAGUCUGCCAAACAAAAACCAGGAAAAUCUCAGCCAACUGCAAAAGCAAGCCUUAGCAAAACAGGCCUUCCAUCACCUGAUGACCAAGUAAGGCAUGAAGAAGGAAAGGUGGAAAUAGAAGAAUCAGCUUCCAAAACACAAGUGAUGUCAGAUGCUCUUGAUUUCCCAAGCUUGAAUGUCUCCUGUCCCAAUGGACUAGUAUUAACUUUCCUUGGUGAAAGUUUUGGAAAUUUGAAAGGUGAAGCCACUGUAUCUGAAGCUGAGAAAGAGGUGGUAAAGGAAAGUGAGGCCAAAGCAGAUGAAGUUAAGGAAGAGGGCACUGAAGCAAAGAAGGAAGAGGUUGUGGAAAGUGAAGAGAAGGAACAUGAGGUUACAGAAGGUGCAAUAAAGCACAAAGACACCAAGAAAGAACAGCCCAAGCAGCAUACUCUGGAAAUUCUGGUUAGACAGAGUUAUCCCCAAAAGGUAAAGAACUCUCAUCUGUAUAUGCCUGUGGCAAGGCAAAUAGAGCAAGAAGUGUCAAGAGUCAUCACCAAUGAAGGAACUGUCAUAAAGUACAUGAUGGAUGGAUCUACCCAGAUUCUGUUUGCUGAUGGCACAGUGAUUACAAGUCCUGAUUCUGGCCCUGUCCUACCACCACCUACCAUUCCAGAUAACAUGGAAAUAUUACUAGAAUUGGAGCCUUUACCUGAGACCAGCACUAAGAAAGGAAGAGGUAGUAUCGGGAACGGUGUAUCCACCAAGGAUGAGUUGUUUGAAGAUACUGGCCAGGGUCCAGUUAAUUCUGAGCAACCUAAGGAGAACCAGGCAGGGACCUGGAUAACAACAACCCCAUCGGGCAUUCGAAUAGGCACUAAGGGAGCAAAGAGAAUGGAUCUCAAGCCAGUCUUAACCUAUCAGGGAACUGACCCAGCUGAUGGAACGGUCAUGACUGUACGAGAUGAUGAAGUGACAAUUGUUGAGAAGCGGGAUGGUAGUAGAGUAGUAGAACAUGCUGAUGGUACUAGGAUCACAACUUUUUAUCAAAAGCGUGAAGAGCAUCUUGUACCAGGGGAUAGUGAGAAACCAGAUGAAUAUCUGAAAACCAUCACAAGGAAGGUGAAAUGUAUGCGAGUGGAGAAUCCUAAGUUUGCUACUGUUACAACAAAUUGUGAGGAUGGUACCUGUUGUACCAUCUUUGGAGAUGGCACAUCUAUUAUAGCAAAGCCACAGGGAACAUACCAGGUUUUACCCAUCAAGGCAGGUUCUCUUUUCAUUGAUGAAGAUUGCUCAGCAGUUUAUACCCAUGAAGUUCACAAUUUUAUCAGCAAGAAAGAAGAGAAACAACCAGAGAGAUACAUUAUGAAACACACUUCAAGCACUGUUUGUGAGGUGAUGGAUUCUGAAGGAAAUCUUUUCAAGGUCAUGGCUGAUGGCAGCACAUCUGUGUCUGUUCGUAGCAUUAGCUCUGAUGACAAGAAAGACAGAUGGUUCCCAUCAGCACUCCCAGAAUUUAACAAACCUAUCAGUUAUGAUGAGCAUGUACCCAGGUUCUUUGUCAUCUAUGUGGAUGGUUCAGGAACUGAGCUCCUGCGGGGCAGUGAUGUACAUAAAUACCUGGCUGAGGUCUCUAGUGAUCCCACUGCUGCCAUCUUGCAGGAUCCUGUGCAAGAAUGUCCAGGUGUCUUAAGUAUUACUAUAAUCCGCCCUUUGGCUGAAGACUCCCCCUGGGUCAUGAAGAAAGAACCAGAGAGCAUUGUUCCUCCAAAUCUUCAAUCAAGGACCCAGGACACAUUUUCUUCUCUUGAGAGGAAGAUCACGGGUCCCUCAACCAGAACAUAUAAUUGGAGAGGUCUCUGCGUUGGAUCCGCAGACCAGACGCGUUUGCCAGUACGGAUGAGAAAAUGUCCUAAUAAACUGCAAAUCCGUCAGCUCUUCCAGUAUAAGUCACUCAAUGAUGAAGUAAGAGGAAAGCUGCAGCUUUACCUCAAGCAAUAUAUCAACAACAUUUUGAAGCUGGAAGAUGAGCUGGAAGAGAUGAAUGUCAAAGAACCAAGAACAGAAGAGGAAAAGGAUAAUGCUGCAAGUCUCCGUGAACUGGCUAUGACCUUACCUAACUGGGAGAAGUCAAGGGAGAAUCUCAGUGAUAAAGCUCAUGUAACUGAGCUGUAUGAACAGGCAGUGCGUUCUCCUCGCCAAUGGCGCACAGAGAUGGCAAUCACUAUGCAAAGAAAGGACCAACAGCAGAGAUUCAGCCCAAAAAGAGUACCAGUGUCCAAGUGGAAGAAAAGACAAAAAGAGCACAGGAAAGAACUUGAGGAGGGAAAGGAGUACAUAAUGGCAAUAAGAAACAAAACAUUUCCUCCGUAUUUUGAAUCAGAAAUCGGCAAAGAGUUUCUCCAAAAACAGAUUGCUGAUGCGAAAGCACAGGCUGAGGAGCUUAAAAAAAAAGAGAGUGAAAAAUUGCCUCUUGACGCAAUAAAAAAACCCAGCAGAGGUGCAAACAAGGCUUCAAGAUCACAAGAAACACCCUCUAAACGUAAAGGUCAGAGUCCGCUGGCGAAAGCUGCAGGAAAGCGAAGAAAAGAUAGAGAGAAAUCACCAUCAUCCCUUCAGGGGAAAAAAACAAAGUCCUUAUCAAGUAAAAAGUUUUCUUAUGUGAAAGCACAGCAUGUGGGACUUCCUCCAGUUCAGAAACAGGAGAGUGAAAAUUUUCCUCUUGAGAUGAUUGAAAAACCCAGCAGAGUGAUGGUCAUCAAAAACACUUGUCACAUUAUUUUCCUGUUAACUUCUCGAUGUCUCAACACCAUGACAGAUUCCUCACCUUCACCUGACCUUCUGCUUGAGGCACAUUCAGAACAAACUGAGGGUUCCAGUGCCAAAACAGAUGUAAACAAGGCUUCAAGAUCACAGGAAACACCCUUUAAACGUGAAGUUCAGAGUCUGCUGGUGAAUGUUGCAGGACAGCCAAGAAGAGAGAAAGUGAAAUUACCAUCCUCCCUUCAGUGGACAAAACCAAACUCCAUACCAAAUAAAAAGGUAGAAGAUACUGUUGCAGGAAAGGUCAACACAUCUUCUCUUGCAACAAGAAAACAGGAUCUUAGCAGUUUCCAUCUCAUUCCACCCAGUGUGACACUUGGAGUGCUAAAGGAAGGCUGCACCUAUGCAGCCACUGUGAUCCUGAAAAAUGCUGGUGUGAAUUUCUCAAGGUUUCGGGUGAAGCAACCGCCUUCGCACACUGGACUGAGAGUGACAUAUGCACCAGGACCUGUGGCAGCAGGCUUGCAGGUUGAACUGGAGAUAGAGAUUUUUGCCAUGAUAAUUGGAAGCCACGAUGCCCCUGGCCUUAAAGAAAUUUCCCAUGAUAUUGAAAUAGUAACAGAAACAGAGACUCUUCUCCUGCCUGUGAGAGCAACUGUGUUAACCACUGACGUGUACGAGUGCCGCCCACGAGGAUACCCCCAGGGGGGGCUGGCAGCAACAAUCCGGGUAGUUCCUCCAAGCCCCAGGGUUCUAUUACCCCGAAAGCUUUCUAAUUAA